UUUAGAGGUAUUUCAUUUGAAUUGGCUGGCUCGAGGUAGACAGCAGCCCUUUAGGUUAAUUAGAAGGACUCUAGGACAUUAAAUUAUCUCAUAUUACACUUUAAAUUACUUUCUUGGAUAUAUAGAUGUGGAAAAGCUUCGAGAUUAUUAGACCAACUGACUGGGACCAAUCCCCAGCUAGUACAAACAAGAGAAUUGAUAAGAAAAAGGAGAAUUUUAGGUUAAGGGAAAAGAAAGAGAAAGCAAUCUUUAAGAAGCCAAAGUUGACUAAGAUGAACUUUGAGGAAGGAAUAAGUGCAUUAAGAGAUAAGCUAAUUUCUGGCACUCACCAAUGCUAUACUAAGAAAUAACAAGCAACUCCUAAAACUCGAAAAUCUCAACACAAGUCCUAUAAAGAAACUCCCAGAAACUUUGAAAUUAAAGAAGUCAGCUUCAAACGUCCGAUCAGGGAAGUUAAAAUAAGUCGAAACUGCCUCCUCCAGUUGAGCGUCGAGAGAACUCCUUGUUAAAGAUCCGCAGGUAUUCCAACCUGGCUGGUGGAGACAGGGUCUCCACCCCUGUCCGCAAGCACAGAGGCUGGAAUUUAGCAGUACAGAGAAUAGAAGUGGUCCAGAGAAGAAAUUUUAGAUGAAAUAGUAAAUAAAUCAGCAAACAGACUCGGUAGAAUUAUAGAUGGCAAAGGAUCUUCGAGCUCAAGAAGCUUCAGGAGGAUCUCAGUCCAAGUUUCUCCUACCUUCCAAGAAAAUAUGCAAGUUAAGAUUCCUCAUGAGGAAUACGACAACAAAAAAUUUGAGGAUGACAUGUACAAGAUCUCAGAGAUGAUCAGAAGCAACGAAGCUGAAGGCACAUCGAUUAAAUACAAUAUCAGAGAUUUCUUAGGCGAUGAGCUCAACGCUCUUGAUGAAUCUGACGGUGAAACAGAGAGCUCUAAGACUCAAAGCGCAGCCUUGAAGCUUAAAUAUGUGAACAAAACAGAAAAUAAGUCUCAGAACUCAAAGCCAUGCACCAAUUGGGGUAAGAGAAAUGGGAAGAAGUUUUUAAAUAAAGUUGAAGAGCUUAAACAACAAAAAGUAGAUCCUUCAUAUCUAAAGGUUAAAAAGCCAAAUGAGCAAAUUUUGGUCAGCUCUAUUAUGACAGGUCUUAGACGCGAAAACCUCAAGCCUGAAAAAGUCCAGAAGAAAGGGAAAGAAUAUACGAAGAAGCUAGAAGAGAAAGCAAUGAAAUAAAAAUGUAUCUGUACCAGUCUUCCUGUUUCGAAGAUAUGGGCUUAAUCACCCAGAAGAUAAGUCAGCUAAUGCCAAGGCCAAGAUUUUUAAGGCUAAAGAGAGGGCAAUUAAGAAGAGGGACAAGUUUUAUGAUUUAUGAAAUGAAGAUAGUACAAAGAAAUAUAACCCAAACAAGUUUAAAGUUAAGGAUAUGACGAAUUACAUCGGAAACCAGCUAUUUAUAAACCUUAAAAGUAACCAUCAAUUUAAGGGAUUGAAAUCAACACUCAAGCUGAACAGGAGCAAAACAUCAAGGAUUACACAUACUGGUGGUCAUAAAGGAUGGAUGAUUGGUAAUGACACUAAUGCUAUUUCUUUGAAAAUUAUGAAAUCUUCAAGAAAAGGAACCUCGACGACAAGAACUCGAACACCAUCAAAAUUUAAUAGGAAAAAUUCACAGAAUGCUCAAAGAGAACCAUCUGGUCGGAGGAUAUCAUCUCAGCAAUCUUCUAGAAUUAGGCCAGUGUCAUCAAUCAAUCCUUAUACAAAUAGGAGAAAGUCUUCACAGCAACCAAAAAUAUAAAAUUU